UUGUUGUUCAGGCUUCGUGUGUGUGUGAGGCUGGUGUGAGGCAGUUGUUGCUGCUGGGUAUCAUCACUGGAAACCAGUAAAGACAACCAGUUCCUGAGCUGUUGGGUUUGAGGAUUAAAUUGGACCAUGUCUCGGGGAUCCAUUGAAAUCCCUUUGCGGGACACAGACGAGGUUAUUGAGCUUGAUUUUGAUCAGCUUCCUGAAGGAGAUGAAGUCAUCAGUAUUCUCAAACAGGAGCACACACAGCUGCACAUAUGGAUCGCACUCGCUUUGGAGUACUACAAACAAGGAAAGACAGAAGAUUUCGUCAAGUUGCUGGAGGCGGCACGUAUCGACGGAAACCUCGACUACAGAGACCAUGAGAAGGACCAGAUGACGUGUCUGGACACUCUAGCAGCUUACUAUGUCCAACAAGCUCGAAAGGAGAAGAACAAAGAUACCAAGAAGGACCUCAUCAACCAGUCCACUCUUCUGUACACUAUGGCAGACAAGAUUAUUAUGUAUGAUCAGAACCAUCUCCUGGGAAGAGCUUGCUUUUGUCUUCUGGAAGGAGAUAAGAUGGAUCAAGCAGAUGCUCAGUUUCAAUUCGUCCUUAACCAGUCAACAAACAACAUCCCUGCACUGCUGGGUAAGGCGUGCAUCUCUUUCAACAAAAAGGAUUACAGAGGAGCUCUGGCCUACUACAAGAAAGCGCUUCGCACCAACCCUGGCUGUCCAGCCGAGGUGAGGCUUGGCAUGGGCCAUUGCUUUGUCAAGCUCAACAAACUGGAGAAAGCUCGCUUGGCGUUCGGCAGAGCCUUGGAACUGAACUCCAAAUGCGUGGGGGCCUUGGUAGGUUUGGCCGUGCUCGAGCUGAACAAUAAAGAGGCCGACUCCAUCAAGAACGGAGUUCAGCUGCUUUCCAGAGCAUACACCAUCGACCCGAGCAACCCCAUGGUGCUCAAUCACCUCGCCAACCAUUUCUUCUUCAAAAAGGACUAUAGCAAAGUGCAGCAUCUGGCUCUUCAUGCCUUUCACAACACGGAGGUGGAAGCUAUGCAGGCAGAGAGCUGCUAUCAGUUAGCUCGUUCCUUUCACGUCCAGGAGGAUUAUGACCAAGCCUUCCAGUACUACUACCAGGCCACUCAGUUUGCAUCACCUACUUUUGUACUGCCCUUCUUCGGCCUGGGUCAGAUGUACGUCUAUCGUAGAGACAAGGAGAAUGCCGCACAAUGCUUUGAAAAGGUCCUGAAGGCUUAUCCCAAUAACUACGAGACCAUGAAAAUCCUCGGGUCGCUUUAUGCCACAUUGGAUGACCAGGAGAAGAGAGACAUUGCAAAAGAACAUCUGAAAAAAGUCACUGUGCAAUAUUCUGAUGAUGUGGAAGCGUGGAUUGAGCUGGCGCAAAUUUUGGAACAAACAGACAUUCAGGGUGCUUUAUCGGCUUAUGGGACCGCCACUCGUAUCUUGCAAGAGAAGGUCCAAGCUGAUGUUCCCCCUGAGAUCCUCAACAACUUGGGAGCUUUGCACUUCCGUUUGGGAAAUCUUGGAGAAGCCAAAAAAUACUUCCUGGCGUCUUUAGAGAGAGCAAAAGCGGAGGGCGAACAUGAUGAGCACUAUUACAACGCCAUCUCUGUCACCACCUCCUAUAACCUGGCGAGACUGUAUGAGGCCAUGUGCGAGUUUCACGAGGCUGAGAAGCUCUACAAGAACGUCCUGAGAGAGCAUCCCAACUAUGUUGACUGUUACUUGCGUCUUGGAGCGAUGGCACGUGACAAGGGAAAUUUCUACGAAGCCUCUGACUGGUUUAAAGAAGCUCUUCAGAUCAAUCAGGAUCACCCUGACGCCUGGUCGUUGAUCGGUAACCUCCAUCUGGCCAAGCAGGAGUGGGGGCCCGGACAGAAGAAGUUUGAACGUAUCCUUAAACAGCCAUCCACCCAGAACGACACCUAUUCGAUGCUGGCGCUGGGUAACGUGUGGCUUCAAACGCUGCACCAGCCCACAAGAGAUCGAGAAAAGGAAAAGCGGCAUCAGGAUCGAGCUCUGGCCAUCUACAAACAAGUGCUGAGGAAUGAUUCCAAAAAUCUAUAUGCUGCCAACGGCAUAGGUGCUGUGUUGGCACACAAGGGUUAUUUCCGAGAAGCGCGAGACGUCUUCGCCCAGGUGAGAGAAGCCACAGCAGAUAUCAGUGACGUCUGGCUGAACCUGGCACACAUUUAUGUGGAGCAGAAGCAGUACAUCAGUGCCGUGCAAAUGUAUGAGAACUGCUUGAAGAAGUUUUACAAACAUCAGAACACAGAAGUGCUGCUGUAUUUGGCCCGGGCGCUCUUUAAAUGUUGCAAGCUGCAAGAAUGUAAACAGAUGCUUCUGAAGGCUCGGCAUGUGGCUCCCAAUGACACAGUGUUGAUGUUUAAUGUCGCACUGGUGCUACAGAGGUUGGCCACACUCGUGCUGAAGGAUGAGAAGAGUAACCUGAAGGCUGUACUGAGUGCAGUGAAAGAGCUGGAGCUGGCUCACAGGUACUUCAGCUAUCUCAGUAAGGCUGGAGACAAAAUGAGAUUUGAUUUGGCACUGGCAGCAAGUGAAGCCAGACAGUGCUCUGACCUGCUGAGCCAGGCUCAGUACCACGUGGCCCGAGCUCGUAAACAGGACGAGGAAGAGAAGGAGCACCGCGCUAAACAGGAGCAGGAGCGAGACCAGCUGCGGCAGCAGAUGCAACGAGAGCAGGAGGAGAAGAAGAACAAGGUGGCUGAGGAGCAGAAGAAGCUCCUGGAGCAGAGAGCUCAAUAUGUAGAGAAGACCAAGAACCUGCUCAACUUCUCAGAGGGCAUGAAAGAAGGAGCCAAGGAGAAGAAGAAGGGAGGAGGUGGAGGACGGCGCAAGAAAGGAGGCGACUAUGAUGACUUUGUCAAUGAUGACUCUGAUGAGGAUCUACCACUAAAGAAGAAGAAGAAGAAGAAGGUUGGGAGUGGCAGCGAGGUGGAGGAUGGAGAAGGAGAAGAUGGAGAGCAGAAAUCCCGCAAGAAACGAAAGAGACCCGGUAGGAGAGAGGAUGACGGUUCAGAUGAUGAGGGAAGCUCGAGGCCCAAAAAGCAACGCAAACCUAGAGAGCGCAAGAAGAUUGAAAAGGCCAAGCCAGAGCGCAUGCCGCCAUCCCUCAAAGGGAAGAUCAAAUCAAAAGCCAUCAUUUCCUCCUCCGAUUCCUCCUCCGAUGAGGACGGGUUGAAAAUAGCAGAGGAGAAAAACCCCAGGGACAGCGGCUCAGGUUCAGAUGAAGAUGAAGGCCACAGGAAACGCAUCGCUUCCGACAGCGAUUCCGGAGCGGAGGAGCGUAACCAGUCGGGUAGUGAGGCUGGCAGCCCUCAGCGGUCUAGAAAUUCAGCGCCUUCAGAGUCUGGCAGCGAACGGCCCGUAAAGAGGAGGAGACCGCAGCAGCAGCGGUCCGACUCGGAGCAGUCGGACAACGAGAGCAAGAGGAGUCGCUCUGAAGGAUCCGACGACGAAUCCCGGCCUGGAUCUCCGGCAGCCGCGUCAGAUCAGGGAUCAGACAAUGAGGGCUCUCCACAGAGGUCUGACAAUGAUUCGGAGCAAGAGGGCUCCAACAACGAAGCCUCCAACAAUGAAGCCUCCAACAGAGGCUCAGAUGAUGAUAGUGACUGAAUGAAUGAACUGUGUGACAAAACACAAGCUUUUGUUAUUGUAACGUUUCGUUUUGGCAUAUGUAGUUAUGUCUUCCUGGAUACGCUUCUCUGAUUUUCCAGAAUGUUUUUUAUUUUUCAAAAAUGAGAACAUUGUUUCCUGUUUAGUCUCCAGAAAUGAAAUGUUGAAAACUUCUUUUGCUGAAGCUUUUUGUUGAGCAUUACAACAUGCAUUGUGCCCAAUAGUCUUCUUACAGGACUGUCACAAGCUGUGAUUUAAAAAUUGGUGUACAUUAUGAAAUAACUUGGAAUAAAAAGUAUUUUGAAA